AGCCCCGCCCCCAGACCGGCACUAUCUCCUGGCAGGCCGCGAUCCAUGCUGCUCGUAACUCCCAGGGAAACGUCUCCCAGAGCAUGAGCGCCCGCACCUCUGUCCCUGGGGCCACGCCUGCACCGGUAGGCUCGUUGUCACAGAGGAAGAGGCAACAGUACGCCAAGAGCAAGAAGCAGAGCGGCUCCACCAACAGCAGGCCGCCCAGGGCCCUGUUCUGCCUCACCCUCAACAACCCCAUCCGCAGAGCCUGCAUCAGCCUGGUGGAGUGGAAACCCUUUGAUAUCUUUAUAUUGCUCUCUAUUUUUGCUAACUGUGUGGCCUUAGCUGUUUAUAUCCCCUUCCCCGAGGACGACUCCAACUCCACCAACCAUGACCUGGAAACAGUAGAAUAUGCCUUCCUGAUCAUCUUUACUAUAGAGACCUUUCUGAAGAUCAUAGCGUAUGGUUUAGUCAUGCACCAGAACUCCUACGUGAGGAACGGCUGGAAUAUGCUGGAUUUUGUCAUUGUCAUAGUAGGGUUAUUCAGUGUAGUUCUGGAGGUGAUAACCAAAGAGGGCGAUGCGGGGGGUCAGGGGGGUAAACCAGGAGGCUUUGACGUCAAGGCCCUCCGAGCGUUCCGUGUGCUCCGCCCCCUCCGUCUUGUCUCAGGAGUACCCAGUUUACAGGUAGUGUUGAACUCCAUCAUUAAAGCCAUGGUUCCUCUGCUCCACAUCGCUCUGCUCGUCCUCUUCGUCAUCAUCAUCUAUGCCAUCAUCGGCCUGGAACUCUUCAUCGGCAAGAUGCACACUACCUGCUACCUGGUGGGCACCGGCAUUCUGGCAGAGGAGGAGCCUGUUCCGUGUGCAAUGUCAGGCCAUGGGCGCCAGUGCAUGAUUAAUGGGACUGUAUGUAGAGAGGGAUGGCAUGGCCCCAACGGUGGCAUCACCAACUUUGACAACUUCCUGUUUGCCAUGCUCACUGUUUUCCAGUGUAUCACCAUGGAGGGCUGGACUGAUGUUCUCUACUGGAUGAAUGAUGCCAUGGGUUCUGAGCUGCCCUGGGUCUACUUCGUCAGUCUGGUCAUCUUCGGCUCCUUCUUUGUUCUCAACCUGGUUCUGGGAGUGUUAAGCGGAGAGUUUUCCAAGGAGAGAGAGAAGGCCAAGGCUCGUGGAGACUUCCAGAAGCUGAGAGAGAAGCAGCAGCUGGAGGAGGAUCUGAAGGGCUACCUGGACUGGAUCACUCAGGCUGAGGACAUCGACCCUGAGAAUGACGAGGAGGGGGAUGAGGAGGGGGGCAAACGCAACCGCGUCACACUGGCUGACCUAACGGAGAAGAAGAAAGGGAAGUUUGGCUGGUUCAGCCAGUCCACAGAGACACAUGCAAGCAUGCCCGCCAGCGAGACAGAGUCUGUGAACACUGACAACCCCAACGGAGAGGACGAUAAGACUAACUGCUGUGGCCCACUCUGUCAAAAAAUUAUAAAAUCUAAGUACAGUCGGCGAUGGCGUCGCUGGAACCGGUUCUGCCGCAGGAAGUGUCGUGUUGCAGUGAAGUCGGUGUCUUUCUAUUGGCUGGUGAUCAUCCUGGUGUUUCUCAACACGCUCACCAUCUCCUCAGAGCACUACAACCAGCCUGACUGGCUCACUGAAGUACAGGAUGUGGCCAACAAGGUUCUGCUGGCUCUGUUUACGUGUGAGAUGCUGGUGAAGAUGUAUAGUCUGGGCCUGCAGGCCUACUUCGUGUCUCUGUUCAACCGCUUCGACUGCUUCGUGGUGUGUGGCGGCAUCGUGGAGACCAUCCUGGUGGAGCUGGCCAUCAUGUCUCCCCUGGGCAUCUCUGUGUUCCGUUGUGUCCGCCUGCUACGCAUCUUCAAGGUCACACGCCACUGGGCAUCUCUCAGUAACCUGGUAGCGUCGCUGCUCAACUCCAUGAAGUCCAUCGCCUCCCUCCUGCUCCUGCUCUUCCUGUUCAUCAUCAUCUUCUCCCUGUUGGGCAUGCAGCUCUUCGGAGGCAAGUUCAACUUCGACGAGACGAUAACCAAGAGGAGCACCUUCGACAACUUCCCACAGGCACUACUCACAGUGUUUCAGAUCCUUACAGGCGAGGAUUGGAACGCUGUGAUGUAUGAUGGCAUCAUGGCGUACGGUGGACCCUUCUCGUCAGGCAUGGUCGUCUGCAUCUACUUCAUCAUCCUCUUCGUCUGUGGAAACUACAUCCUGCUGAACGUCUUCUUGGCCAUCGCCGUUGACAACCUGGCAGACGCAGAGAGCCUGAACACAGCCCAGAAGGAGGAAGAGGAGGAGAAGGAGAGGAAGAAGAGUGCCAGAGAUGACACUGACAAGAUGGAGGAGCUGAAACCUGAGGGCCAGGAUGGAGAUCUCAAGGUUCCACUGGAGGAGGAAGAGGGGAAGGAGCCGUAUCCCACUCCAGACACUCCAGUUGGUGAUGAUGACAAUGAUGAUGAUAAUCUGCCAGAGGUUCCGGUUGGCCCACGCCCUCAAAGGCUGUCAGACCUCAGCAUCAAGGAGAAGACUCCGCCCAUCCCUGAGGGCAGCGCUUUCUUCAUCUUCAGCAACACUAACCCGGUCCGGGUGGCCUGCCACAAGCUGACCAACCAUCACAUCUUCACCAACCUCAUCCUGGUCUUCAUCAUGCUGAGCUCUGUGUCUCUGGCUGCUGAGGACCCCAUACGUAACUUCUCCGCACGUAACAUCAUCCUAGGCUAUGCAGAUUAUGUCUUCACUAGUAUAUUUACCUUUGAGAUCCUGUUGAAGAUGACAGCAUUUGGGGCUUUCCUCCAUAAAGGAGCCUUCUGCAGGAACUACUUCAACCUGCUGGACCUACUGGUGGUGGGAGUCUCUCUGGUGUCCUUCGGCAUUCAGUCAUCUGCCAUCUCUGUGGUGAAGAUCUUGCGUGUGUUGAGGGUGUUGCGGCCCCUGAGGGCCAUCAACAGAGCCAAGGGCCUCAAGCAUGUGGUCCAGUGUGUAUUUGUGGCCAUCAGGACCAUCGGCAACAUCAUGAUCGUCACCACGCUGUUACAGUUCAUGUUUGCCUGCAUAGGAGUGCAGCUAUUCAAGGGCAAGUUCUAUCGCUGCACAGACGAGGCUAAGUCCAGCCCAGGGGAAUGCAAAGGCACAUACAUUCUGUAUAAGGAUGGAGACACAGCCUUGCCUGCAGUCAGAGAGAGGAUCUGGUACAACAGUGACUUCAACUUUGACAACGUCCUCAUGGCCAUGAUGGCUCUGUUCACCGUCUCUACGUUUGAAGGCUGGCCUGCUCUGCUGUACAAGGCCAUCGACUCCAACAGAGAGAAUAUGGGUCCCAUCUACAACUACCGCGUGGAGAUCUCCAUCUUCUUCAUCAUCUACAUCAUCAUCAUCGCCUUCUUCAUGAUGAACAUCUUCGUCGGUUUUGUCAUCGUCACCUUCCAGGAGCAGGGAGAGAAAGAGUACAAGAACUGUGAGCUGGACAAGAACCAGCGUCAGUGUGUGGAGUAUGCUUUGAAGGCUCGUCCACUGAGAAGGUACAUCCCUAAGAACCCCUACCAGUAUAAGUUCUGGUAUGUGGUCAACUCCACAGGCUUUGAGUACGUCAUGUUCGUCCUCAUCAUCCUCAACACACUGUGUCUGGCCAUCCAGCACUAUGGCCAGUCCCACCUGUUCAACUAUGCCAUGGACAUCCUCAACAUGGUCUUCACUGGCGUCUUCACUGUGGAGAUGAUCUUUAAACUCAUCGCCUUCAAACCCAGGCACUAUUUCGCCGAUGCAUGGAACACGUUUGAUGCCUUAAUUGUUGUUGGUAGCGUCGUUGACAUUGCAAUCACAGAGAUCAAUGCCAUCCCAGUGGUGAAGGUGAUUGUGGACCCAGGGAACACUGAGGACAGCGCUCGCAUCUCCAUCACAUUCUUCCGUCUGUUUCGAGUCAUGCGAUUGGUCAAGCUGCUCAGCAGAGGGGAGGGCAUCCGAACGCUCCUGUGGACCUUCAUUAAGUCCUUCCAGGCUCUUCCCUAUGUUGCCCUUCUGAUAGCCAUGUUAUUCUUCAUCUAUGCUGUUAUUGGAAUGCAGGUGUUUGGCAAGAUCGCCUUGGUAGACCACACACAGAUUAACCGUAACAACAACUUCCAGACCUUUCCUCAAGCUGUCCUGAUGCUCUUCAGGUGUGCUACAGGCGAGGUGUGGCAGGAGAUCAUGCUGGCAUGUCUGCCAGGGAAGCUGUGUGACUCAGAGUCAGACUACAACCCUGGAGAGGAGAGAACCUGUGGCAGCGGAUUCGCUAUCAUCUACUUCAUCAGCUUCUACAUGCUCUGCGCCUUCCUGAUCAUCAACCUGUUUGUUGCUGUCAUCAUGGAUAACUUUGACUAUCUGACGCGUGAUUGGUCCAUUCUGGGCCCUCACCACCUGGAUGAGUUUAAAAGGAUCUGGUCUGAGUACGACCCUGAGGCCAAGGGCAGGAUAAAGCAUCUGGAUGUGGUGACCUUGCUAAGACGCAUCCAGCCUCCUCUAGGCUUUGGCAAGCUGUGUCCACAUAGGGUGGCCUGCAAGAGACUGGUUGCAAUGAAUAUGCCCCUGAACAGUGAUGGCACGGUCAUGUUCAAUGCCACUCUGUUUGCCUUGGUGAGGACCGCUCUGAAGAUCAAAACUGAAGGCAACCUGGAACAGGGCAAUGAGGAGUUGCGAGCGGUCAUCAAGAAGAUCUGGAAGAGGACCAGCAUGAAGCUGCUGGACCAAGUGGUGCCCCCCGCAGGCGAUGACGAGGUAACCGUGGGGAAGUUCUAUGCCACCUUCCUGAUACAGGACUACUUCAGGAAAUUCAAGAAACGCAAAGAGCAAGGCCUGGUGGGAAGACACUCAUUCUCCAGCCUGAACUCCACCAUCGCCCUCCAGGCCGGACUCCGCACACUGCAUGAUAUUGGGCCCGAAAUCCGCCGAGUCAUAUCAUGUGACCUGCAAGAUGAGGGCCUUGUAGACAUUAAUGCAGAAGAAGACCACAAUAUUUAUAGGAGGAACGGCGUGCUGUUCACCAACCACACCAAUCACGUUAAUGGGGACCACCGGGGUUCCGUUACCCAGCGUCCCCUCCAGGUCCUGCCUCCUUCCUGCUACGCCUCCGUGGAGCCCUCCCAGGUCGGCUCUGAGGAAGGGGCAGGCGACCCCUACAACCACUACUACCCCAAAUCCCCCAUGUCCUCCAACGCCAACCUCAACAAUGCUAACGUGCCCACUGUGCCCUCCCUGUCCAAAGGGGGGCAGCGCCGCUGCCUCCGCCGCAAGAACUCGUCCGCUAAUGGGGCACCCUCCUCCAGCUCGCACCGCAAGAGUGUUGACUUCGACACCCUCACCACGGUCCAGUCUGCAAGGAGGCUCUACUAUGAGACCUACAUUAGGUCAGAAUCAGGGGGUGUUCUGUACCCCACCAUCUGUAGAGAGGAGCCAGGGGGGGCAGACAGUGAUGAUGACAAGGGCUCAGGAGAAUACUUCAGCGGGGAGGAGUACCAGGAGGAUGACAUCAUGUUGCACAAAGACAGGAUGCCCCAUAACGAGUUUCAAGACCCUCAAACUGACUUUGACACAAAUGCAUCGAGGGGUUACCAUCAACCAGAUAGUCUCUAUGACGACGACCAGCAACCCAUUUACCAGGAUGGUGGGCGGUCGCCGAAGCGACGGUUGUUCCCCUCUACACCCCAGGCACCCCACAGACCCUCGUUCAACUUUGAGUGUCUGCGGAGACAAAGCAGUCAGGAUGAUGACAUCCCCUUGACCCCUUCCAUUCCCCAUCGAACAGCUCUACCUCUGCAUCUGAUGCAGCAACAGGUGAUGGCAGUGGCAGGCCUGGACUCCAGCAGAGUCCAGCGUCUCUCUCCGUCACGCUCUCUACGUUCCUGGGCCACACCCCCCACCUCCCCCAUCAGCAGGGACCACUCCCCCUACUACACACCCCUCAUCCAGGUGGACUGGCGUGGUCUGGGCAGUGUGAGCAGCACCCCUGGCUCUGUGAGAAGAAGCUCCUGGUACACUGACGCUCCUGAAGCCCCUUUGAGCCGCACCUACUCCCCCUCACAGCUCCAGAUCCCCCCAGAGUACCGCAGGCAGAACCACCAGAAGAUAGGCAGCGCCAACAGCCUAGUGGAGGCCGUGUUGAUUUCAGAAGGACUGGGGAAAUACGCCAAGGACCCCAAAUUUGUGGCUGUGACGAAGCAUGAGAUCGCGGACGCCUGCGAGAUGACCAUCGACGAGAUGGAGAGUGCCGCCAGUAACCUGCUGAAUGGCAGUAUGGGUAAUGGGGCGGGAGCAACCGGGGCCACGGACACAGUGACGGCCACGAGCCUCGGGGACCGUAAUCUCCAUGACUACAGUGAUGAGGAGCCGGACACGAGUGUGAAAUGUGAAGAGGAUCUGACUGAUGAGAUGAUGUGCAUCAGCACCCUAUAGCAGUCACUCACACUAGACACAGGCUGCGUCUGACAUGGCACCCUAUACCUGAUGAAAUGCACUUGUGCACUAUAUAGGGAGAGAUGUGCCUUUUUGGAUGCAGCCACGGCAAUCCAACAAACAAACAAGCAAGAGAACAAAGUGCCUUUCUGUGGAAUGAAUGGAUGGAAACACUGCCAGCUGGAGAGGAGUGGAGUGAUGGAGGGACACGCUAAGGAUCCAGCUACAGAGGAGUAGAGGGAUGGAGGGACACGCUAAGGAUCCAGCUACAGAGGAGUAGAGGGAUGGAGGGACACGCUAAGGAUCCAGCUACAGAGGAGUGGAGUGAUGGAGGGACACGCUAAGGAUCCAACUACAGAGGAGUGGAGGGAUGGAGGGACAUGCUAAGGAUCCAACUACAGAGGAGUGGAGGGAUGGAGGGACACGCUA